AUGUGGACUGGAUAUAAGAUCUUAAUCUUCUCUUAUCUGACCACAGAAAUUUGGAUGGAGAAACAGUAUUUAUCUCAAAGACAAGUGGACCCAAGAGCUGAUUUCACUAGGAAUCGAACCGUUUUGGAAGGUACUCGAUUCAAAAGAGCCAUUUCCAAAGGACAAUACUGUAGAAGUUUUGGUUGUUGUGAAGACAGAGAUGAUGGCUGUGCCGCUCACUUCUUUGAGGCGGAUGCAUUGUGUUACUGUGACAAAUUCUGUGAAAGGGAAAAUUCUGAUUGCUGUCCUGAUUACAAGUCAUUUUGCCGUGAAGAGAAAGAAUGGCCUCCUCAUACAAAGUCUUGGUAUCCAGAAGGUUGCUUCAGAGAUGGUCGACAUUAUGAACAAGGAUCAGUAAUUAAAGAAAACUGCAACUCUUGCACAUGCUCAGGACAGCAGUGGAAGUGUUCCCAGCAUGUAUGCCUUGUUCAACCAGAAUUAAUUGAACUUGUCAAUAAAGGAGACUAUGGAUGGACAGCCCAGAACUACAGCCAAUUCUGGGCAAUGACUUUAGAAGAAGGUUUCAGAUAUCGUCUUGGCACCUUGCCACCUAGCCCCAUGCUUCUGAGGAUGAAUGAAGUGACAGCUUCUUUACCUGCAACAACUGAUCUUCCAGAGUUUUUUAUUUCUUCUUAUAAGUGGCCUGGAUGGACUCAUGGCCCAUUGGAUCAAAGAAAUUGUGCUGCAUCUUGGGCAUUUUCCACUGCAAGUGUGGCAGCCGACCGAAUAGCAAUUCAGUCCAACGGGCGAUACACAGCCAAUCUAUCCCCUCAGAAUUUGAUCUCUUGCUGUGCCAAGGACUGUCAUGGAUGCAACAGUGGAAGCAUUGAUAGGGCUUGGUGGUACCUGAGAAAACGUGGACUGGUAUCCCAUGCAUGUUAUCCACUUUUCAAGGACCAAAAUGCUACUAAGGAUGACUGUGCCAUGGCAAGUAGGUCUGAUGCGCGGGGAAAACGUCAUGCCACAAAGCCGUGUCCCAACAGCUUCGAGAAAUCUAAUAGGAUCUACCAAUGUUCUCCUCCAUAUAGAGUCUCUUCCAACGAAACUGAGAUAAUGAGAGAAAUCAUGCAAAACGGACCAGUUCAAGCCAUAAUGCAAGUCCAUGAGGAUUUCUUCCAUUAUAAGACGGGCAUAUAUAGACAUGUUACCAGCACAAACGAAGAAUCAGAAAAAUAUCGAAAGCUUCGGACACAUGCCAUCAAACUCACUGGAUGGGGCAUAUUGAGAGGAGCCCAGGGGCGGAAAGAAAAAUUUUGGGUCGCUGCCAAUUCCUGGGGAAAGUCCUGGGGAGAGAACGGCUAUUUCAGGAUUCUUCGAGGAGUAAACGAGUCUGACAUUGAAAAGUUGAUUAUCGCAGCUUGGGGCCAACUGACAAGUUCAGAUGAACCAUAA